AUACAAUUAGCCCGCGGGGUUCGCUACUGGUUGUGGUUCUUGCGUGAUGCCGAAAUUGGUACCUGUAUCUGUUCUUACGAAGGAUGCCCAGUUGGACUUCACAUUGAAGCGCAAGGCCUCUGGGGCACAGCUCGUCUCGAAAGUUUGCACAGCUCUUGGUAUUAGAGAGAUGUGGUAUUUUGGUCUUCAGUGUGUGGACCACAAAAACAGACUUACAUGGCCAGAGGCCGAUAAGAAGAUUACGACAACGCAAAAAAUCAAGGAUGGCCCACUGCAUUUUGACGUCAAAGUGAAAUACUAUCCAGAGGACCCAUCGAAUGAACUUAUUGAUGAAACAACUCGUUUGUAUUUUUACUAUGAUGUAACUACUGUUUUGCUAAACAAUGUAAUGAUAUCCAUAGGUUAAAGACGACAUAGUCAGUGGGAGAAUUUAUUGUCCUGCAGAAACUGCUGUUUUAUUGGCUUCUUAUCAAUAUCUUAUUCGCAGUGAGGGAAAUGGUCCAUCCACCGUCAGAAAACCCCUUAACAUCUCCAAAUACCUUUCUGCAAAUGUACGUGAACAAUAUAAUCUAACUGAUGAAGAAUGGGAAGCCAAAGUGAUGAAUUGUGUUUCUUCGCAUAAAAAUAUGUCCAAGGACGACGCAGUAAAGGAAUACAUAAGAAUUGCUCAAGAUCUAGAAAUGUUUGGAGUUACAUUUUUUAAAAUAAAAAAUGAAAAAAAGACUGACUUGUGGCUUGGUAUUGAUGCUUUAGGUUUGAAUAUUUAUGAAUAUGACAACCAGUGAGUUUUUCGUUUUUAAUAGGCUUCCCAACUUCAUAGUACAUGACAAUUUCCAAUAUUUCUCUUGUUUUCAGCCACUAAGUCGCAUGUUUAAACCCUUCUUCACUUCAACCUGAGCAACCGGUUAGUAUCACUAGCCCUCACACCUAAGAUGUGACUCCAAACUACGUACCUUUACCUGCUAAUGAGUUUAUAAUAACAGUUCUACCCCUUACCUCCUGUUUUCCUAAUUCAUAACAAUCAGUCUUUCGAAACAAACAUCCUUUAAUCUUGUAUACGCUAUAUCACAUAGGGCUUUUAGCAUAAAUAAGUAUAGUUUUAUUUGCUAAAUGUUAUUUCAUAGUAAGUUGAGGUUGGAGCUUGAAGGAAAUCUAAUUAAACACAUGUACGAACGGAUUCCGUCAAGUUUCUUUGAGUUAAUGAUAGUCACAUUAAUAAACACGAUGUAUUUCACAUGUAUUAGAGAUAGCCUGACCAUAGUUCUGGUUGUACUUUGAGUGUCCAAAUUUUCGUUCGUAGUAAAAUAACUUGUAGUUUACGGUGGGAAAGUGUUUAACUUUGGUAAUUUAUAUUUACAACUAUGCGAAGGCAGAACAUGAAUAAUAGGUUUAUGGUGUUCAAUCAUGGAUAUCUAAUGAUCCUUAGCUUGCGAUAAAACCACGAGGCAACUCGUUAUGUUAAAGUAGAAUGUAGUAAAUAAAGGUGGUAAGACCGCACGUGAGCCUUCAACCUUGGUUCUUCUAAUGCAUCCGGCUAAAGUGGGCAUCUACCUCAUCGUGAGAUAUCGGUUUGCAGAGUCAAUGAUUAUCCUGUGUCGUGUUAGGGUUUACUGGACAAGGUGAGGCUUCAUUUUCAAAGUCGACCCUAAUUACUUUACGUCAUAUAGAUGCAGCAUUUCCAAAGAUCAUAGUUUUUCGAGAGGUACACUUUACAGCUGUUAGAACCUUAUGUAUUCGAAAAUACGACUUCGUCAGUGGACGUGGAGUUCCUACUUGUAGUUUUGUCACUUCAGUCGACCUGUCUGGCAUGGCACGUAUCUAAACGGAAAAGUGCUACGAUUAGUGUAAUUCGAUUGGUUUAUCACAAACAGACCCAAUCGCCAUCCCAAGGUAUCAGCUACGGUUGCGAGUAGUUUCAAUCCUGAUCGGGGUUACCGGCUUACUCUAUAGGAUGGUGUUAGAGCUUAAGUCCAUCUCUAAUUCUCUGACUUCUAAUCGCACCGAUUAUUGACGAAAACUCCCAAAUUGGUAAAGUUCAUGCAAAUCAUCCAACCAUAUUGUGUAGAUUUAUCUCGUUUACGGUUUGCGCUUGACUACUAAAAUACGAUAAGUUAGUGUUAUCUGAUAACACGGUACAUCGUUAAUAAGGGACUAUCAAUUUAGUGAAUUCCGUUUUUAAUACUUGAUAAAGUACUCGUUAAUCAAGACAUUCAAUACUAAUUUAAAAAAAAAAACAGAUUUAACGAAAUAUUGUUCCAAUAUAUAUGAACGAUACUUAGUUUCGCUAUACAAUUUUACACAAUACUUUAAAUUGUUGGAUAUAAAAGACGUCAGUCCACUCCAUGACUUGUGUAACGUCUCAAUUAAACGUUUUCUUCUUCGAACUUCACAGAUUAGCACCAAAGGUUACCUUUCCAUGGAAUGAGAUACAAAAGUUAUCCUAUUCUCGCAAUAAAUUUUUCGUCAAGCCUGUUGAAGCUUCUGGGAAGGUAAGUGACAGAAAUCUGUUUCCUUUCUUUAUUCUGUUAGUUAUAAGUAGGUACUUACAGAAUAAUUUCAUCGGGUUUAUGAAUCGACGUGCACUAGACGGGAUCAAAGUCGGUUGACUUUAUUUUAAGAUAAAAUUCACUGAUUUUGAGUUUUGUGAAGUGACCUCUAGUCUCUAGACAUAUAUUUCUUACUGAAUGAACAUAUAACAAUUUCGGCUGUUUCGAUAUGAGCCCGAAAUACUAUUUUGAAUUAUACAAAAUACACCUGACAAAUAGCUCGAAAUCUCGUUUAACCAGAGUUCCGUCAUAUAUCCACAAUAACAAAAAAAACAACAGGUUUCUUGAUUUUUAUUGAAUUAUUGUGAUUUUUUAUUGUUUCUCAAGUCAAUUAGUUCCUUGAUACUGUUUGGUUAGUUUUUAUGAUAGGAGUUGUAACUUUCAGUAAGUGGACUUACUACAUCAAAAUCACUAUGGUUAGUGUUUGUGGUUAAUGUGAAUGUAUUUAGUUUUCAGCUAAAUGUUUCUUAGUGAUCAUAUUGGUAUUUGUGUUGUCACCAUCUUAUGUUUGAAAUAUUACUCUGCUUUGCUUAUUUUGUUAUGUAAGAAGCUGAAAAUGAAAAGCAGUAUUAUAUUUUGAAGCAAUAAAAUGUGUUGUUAUGCUCAGUUUACUGGUCAUUGUUUUCCUGUAGUAAAAGCAUCAAUCGUUUUGUUGCCUUUGUAUGUAGUGAUAUGAUAAAAAUAGAUUAUUCCGUGUUUGUUUUUUGAAUUAAUUAUAUAAUUUCUUUUGGGUUUAUUAGCUUUUUUUGUUAACCCAAUGUGCCAAUGUUGCUUUUUUGGCAUUGUACGUUUUACAGAUUGUCAUGCUGACAUCAUUAGUUGCUCUUCAUUGUCUCUUGUCUAAUUUUAGGUUCUCGUAUUCUACACGGAUAGUACUCAUACAUCUAAACUUAUUCUAAACCUAUCUACAGGCAACCAUAAAUUAUAUGCUAUUCGACGUCAACCCGAUUCGAUUGAAGUUCAACAAAUGAAAGUAAAAGCUAAGGAGCGACAGACUAUACGUGAUGCUGAAAGGUGAGUGUAUUUUAAUAAAUAUCUAAUAAUCUAUUGUGUUAUAUCCCGACGAGAAUAAUCAGAAUUAACUGCAGGUGCAUCCACUUUUUGUGUUCUCCCAAAUUCUAAUCUUCUAAAUUCUUCAUGUCCCUUUCUUUUUUCUCUUUCCAAAUUUAUUUCAGUGGAUUAUUUUCCUUGAAUAACGUCUUCAAACCCUAAUUUUUCUGAUUACAGCUUAUAAUUUUACUACAUCUAGCACUACGGGAUUUGAAUCGACCACUGCAUCUCUGUGCUAAUGUGGUGUGGCAACUCGAACUGAUGUACGUACGUACGAAGUUCCACGUUGUUACUGACUGACUGUUGGGAUUCAUUUAUGGACUAAUAUUACACGUAUAUUCAUGUUGUAUAUUUAUUAGGUAACUAGAUUAGGUAUAAUCAUAGUCCUCUUAUCAUAAGCUUUAUUUUGACCUAUAGACUAUUUGAUAUAAUUUACUGUUUUUGAGUUGUUUCCAGUUUAUUAAUUACAGUUCCCCACAAUCUCAGCCACUAUUUGGCAUGAUCUUGUAUAAAUGUUAUUUUCUAUUUUAUGGUGUGAUGUGGUCUGUUUGGUUUGUAUAUAAACCUAGUAUGUUUGAAAUAUGUGAUAGAUAUAGUGGAAGCUGGUAUUGGUUUUCUGGCAUCAACUGUCAGUGUUAGGCGAAGAAAAGGACCAACCGGGACUCGAGACUGCUCAUACAGGUCUAUAUAUCAUUGGUCUGGCACAGGGCUAAGAUUGUAUAAGUCAUAUUCCUAUUGGCGAAUAAGUCACGUGAUAAUUAGCCGAGCUUAAAAACACAACGGUUUGCACUUCACCUUUACAAAUUGAUUCAGUUACAAGAAAGUUUAUAUGAGGAUUAUUUCUUCAUUGUUAUUACCUUCCUCUUGAUGAAUUUUAUUUACUAAUAUCUUAGUAAAACAUAAAUGCAAAUAACAUUUGUACCAUAAUUGUUAUGAGCUUCAUGGGGACUUGCUUUUGCAGCCAAUACUAUGCUAUGGAGAUUGUUUACCUUGAAUGAUUACAAAAAGGGUAAAGUGGAAGCAUUGGCUUGGUAUGCACAUAUUCCAAAAAAGCCUGGUCAAAUAUCAGCUCUGAUAUUGUCAAUGAAAUACUGUGAACCAUCACGAAUAAUAAAGAAAUACUCAAGACGCGUCUGUUUUCCAUACAAUCAAAAACGUUUCUUCACAAUAAUUUGCGACAUUGGUCUGACCAUAAAGAAUAAAACAGUCCAUCUUUUUUUACCAAUUUACUUAUAUUGAAUGUGAUCAGUCCCAGUCAAUUAGUGACUAACAAACUCAAUAUUAAAUCCUUGCUUAAGUUCUCUCGAAUAACGUUAUGUAUGGUGCUAGUGUUCUACCUUAUUAUGACCAACUUCACUACUCGGCAGUUCGUCCUUUAUUACUUUAUGAUUGCAAAACAGGUACAUUUGACUAAAGGGUUUAGUGACAACCAAACCAAAUCUGACUGUUGAAUCGUAUCAAGAAAUGCAAUUAUUUUUAUUGGGACUCGUAAUAUGGUCAUAACCAUUUUUUGGAGGCUUUGGGCAACAGCCCAGAUGUAUUCAUUAUUUAUUUUUCUCCAGAUCUUCGAUGUAAUUAUUUUAUACUUGUUGUUUGUUGAUCACGUUCGUUGUUUGCGAAUUUAAUUAUCUGUUUGGUUUUCUAUAUCACUGAUAAUAUCAUUUCAAUCCCUUUGCUUUGUACGGUAUUGACUUUUCCCAUCACAAUAGGAUAAAGGAAGUGGAUUGCAUAGAAUAUCGAAGUGGCUUACAAAAAUUUGCUUUUAACUUAAAUGAAUCAUAGAAUCAUCUUACCAUGAGCCAUCAUUGGGAGAUGUUAUUUUCACGGUUAAAAACAAUUUUAGCUAAUGGUAGGAUCUACAUACAUUCACCUGGAUCUUAUAGGCUACAUGAUUAGUAGUAUAUCUAAUGUACUGAUUUUUAAGGAUCGACAACCAAUAUGCAGCCAUAUAUGGUUGUUUUAGAAAUAAUUACAAGUAAGCACAACCAUAAAUUUAAUCGAAAAUGGAGUUCUCAAGCUACUAUUACGUUUUGUGAACAAGGUUAUGCACUGAGGAGCAGAAUUCGAUUGUUAUCCAUUUUUGUUAAAUCCAUUACUACUCUUCGGUCAAAUGAGUGUGAACUCAAACAUUUUCAACUGGACUGUGGAUCGAAAUAUGUAUUAAUUCAGAAAUAUUCUUAUAUCUCAUUACGUUGAUGAAGGUGUGCUAAAAGUGUAAAGUAUAACUUCACCAAGUGUACUUAAAUCACUAAUAUGGCUCCACGUCUGUGAUUAAGUGGUAUAAACGCAUAACUUUCACCUAUAUGGGGAGACGUUUAGUCAUUCAGAUACAUUAGUAUAAAAAGCCUGUUAAUGCACCAGACUUUACCACCACACACUUUACCAGACACACAAUUCCAAACGCACACAUCUACUUGGUCACGGUUUACGAUUUACUAUGCUAUUUCGGUAAAAGGCUAGAUAAAAGCGAAAAAUAUCAUUUCUGCGUGUGAUACGCUUAGACGUAGCUUCUGGUAUUCCCAUAUGCAAUAUCGUAUCAUGAUAUCACGCUUGCUUACCUAAUCACAGUGUUUUCAUAGAAAAAGUUCAAGAUUGUGUGGCAUAUGUGAUUUAUCACUUUGUGUUGACCUAGCUGAUUUCCAUGAGAAUACAGAUACUAGAGAUAAUAAACAUCUUAAGUUCUAUACCAUAUUUAGUACUCAUCAGAUAUGUGUUUAUAAUUAUUUUUAAAAUAGAGUGGUGAGCAUCUCGUAAGUGAUUUGGAUUGUCGUAAUGUGUUUUGAUAAUUACCUGUCAAUAUUUUGCUCCGUGUACCAAUCAAAAACAGACUAUGAUAAUGUAACUCUUGAAUUACUUAUCAAAUCAACUGUGUACACAUUUUUGGUGAUUGAUAUACUAUUUUGUAUACAAUGGUGGUAACUAAAAAUUUGAAAAGUCCAAAUCAUUGCAGGAUUCAGACUACAGACCUCUGGGUAACUAGCUCUGUUCUACUAAGUAAUUGUUAACCCUGAGUGAAUUCUUUUCAUACACAGUAGUCAUUCCUUUUUCUUAUCACCCAAUUUUAGUAUUUUAUGAUCACUCCUUGGAAGAAGACAUAUGUGGGUAACUGAUUAUGCACAAAUAUAAAAGACCCUUGACUGUAGAUGCAGCUCUGAAUUUUCUAUGAAAAAACUUGUAACCUUCUAAAUAACUUAAUUCCCUCAUAGUAAAAAGAAAAGUCAUAAACAUGUUAUCGUUUAGGAAACAGAUUUUUUAACGCUUUUGACAAAAAUACCGAAGUGAGGAAACACUCGUCCACCUAUUGGGAGCGGAUAGAUAAUACAAAGUAAUAUCAUUUCAGGUUAUUUAAUUUACAUUUCAAAUCAAUAAAACGUUUUAUCGAUCACUUGGAUGUCCGAUAUUUUCUAACCAGACCUCAUAUCCAAAAACUCGCCUACUUAUCCCAAAAGAUGUCAACUUCGCCUAUUCUGAGGGAUUGUCUAAUGUUACUUCGCUUAGUGAUUUAUCGAAUAAUCACUACAACCAAGGGAUCUUCGAAUUAUCGCCAUGUAUUUUGGGACUAACAUCCAAGCAAUGUCAGGCUAGAAAUGGGGUACUCGAUAGAGGUAGCAAAUCAAUUGAUGAGACAAAUCUUCAAUUAGGAUGGUUUGGACAAACACCCUCUACAUCGACGCUUGUUAUCGAAUGUAGGAGUAAGUUAAAAGGAGGCUGAAGGUAACUAAACCAAUGCGUAGCAGCAAUCUAAAUAAUCAUUGACAAAGGAACUGAUCCAUAUUAAAAGGUUAUCUAGUUAAGGUUCGCUAGAAUACUGUAACCAAUAGUUAAGGAUCUUGAACGAUAUGGCUAAGGAGUGUUAGUGACUGGGCAGGUGCGUUCAUUCGUUGCCUUCUUCUAAACCCCAAGGUACCAUAUUCUUCAGAAUCCUUUUAUCUCACCAAUUUAUACCCUCUGGAAUGGCACCCUCGACACCUAAUCUUUUCUAUUACCAUUAACACUGUUACUACCUCCACUACUCCGGGAUUUCCCCUGACAAUUUCAUCUCACUGAGUUAAUGGGUUAUGGAAAAUUAAAGAGGUGUACACAUGUCCGAUUUACUGCGAUGCACUUUAUUGACUGAACAACCUCGUCACAACAUACUAACAAAAUACAUGUAACUCUUAGAGUAGGACUUUCUGUGUUACUAAAUUUCUAAGUGUUAUUUAUGUGGUCUAUAAUUGUAAGUUUACACCCAGACUGUUAUACAACUUUAUGUAUUUAUCUGUCAUUCAGUGGGCAAAACCUUUCUGUUACUGCCAUAAACGUAAGCUUCAUGGUUUUCUCGACUGAAUUUGAUUAAAAUAGUUCUUGUGCUCACAGACUAAAUAACAUCACUAUUCAUUUAUUGUUUUAUACAAUAGUCAAUUUACUAAAAUAGGUUCUUAGGAUAUACCAGAAAAAAACCCAAUUCAGAUAUUCAUUCAAUAAAUAUUCUCCCCUCUUUUUGUUUCGAAAGUAAAUUAAAUAAUUUCACGUCCUCUUACUCCAGUUUGUUUUCUGUACAUUCAAUAAAUGCUUGUUCGUCUCUUAACUGCAGUGCACUGUGGUGACACAUGUAAGGACAAUAAUUUUGUGGUUGUUUGUAAUUUGUGAAUAAUUAUAGCUUUUUUGCUUCUAUACAGGUCUGAUUAUUCAUAUUUUAUCAAACUCAAAUUAACUUCUACUUAAUUAAUAUAUCAUUAAGGGAAAAACUACGUGCUGAACAAGAAGCGAGAGAAGUAAUGGAAAAACGACUACAAGAUAUGCAACGUUUAAUGCAAGAAAACGAGGAAGCAUUCGCACGUACGCAAACAGUUUUAGAACAAUAUGAAUGUAAAGUUAAUGAAUUGAAUGCACAACUUGAAGAAGAAAAAAGUGCACGAAAACAAUUAGAAAACUUACAGUAUUAUCUAGAAGAAGCAAAUCGCAAAUUAGGACUGGUAAGAUUUGAUGAACAUUCUAAAAUUACUUUUGUUUUUCCCUUUAUUUUUGAUUUAGUUUCUGAUGAUAAUCGUUCUUGUUUAAUUGUUGAACAAUUAAACCCAUUUGACAGCAAAUCUCCAAAUUGUAUCUUUAUCCUACCAGUUAGCAAUUAUUAGAGAUGUAUUAUCAAGAAAAUCCAACUUUGUUUAAAGUUAUAUCAACGUUACUCGUCUUUGUCCUUAAAGACAUCUUUGAACUGAAAUGUGAAACGACACGAGUUCCCCCCUAGUUUAAAGUUGACUUUUUAUUCCUCAUUGAUGAAAAUCAACCUAUGGAGUCCCAUAACCUCUCCAGGCAAAGGUAUUACACUAAAGGUAAUUACCUACUUUUCAUGGUAAGCAGAGGCUAUUGUCAAGUGUAAAUCCUAUUCUUUUGAAGACCGUACAACAGCUAAAUUCACUAGUUACAGCUCUAGUUUAAUAAUUUAAGAACUACACUUUAGGUCAAUAGCAUUUCUAGUUUUCCUAUGAUAAUUCCAGUUAUAGGUAGCUAUACUUGGUCAUCGUGCUGUACUAAUAACAAUCCAUGGUAAACGACGAUUUUUUUGUCUUUGUUUUUCAUAAACCGUGGUUCAACUGCUUUAAGUCAAUAGAAGAGCGUCAGCGUAUAGCACAGGAACGCGAUGAAAUCAAUGCCAAAAUUAAUGAGCAAAACCAACUACUACAGGAGCGAGAGGAAGAAAAGCGUCAGUUUGAGGCUGAACUGGCUCGCGUUCGAGCUAUGCAUGAAGCAGAAAUGGACCACUUCAGUGAACAGAAACAAGAAUCUGACGGUUAGCGAUGUACCACUUAAAUAUUUUUCUUAACCAUAGUGAUUAAUUGGGGACAAAAUCGUUAUUGUGUGAUGUACAUUUCUCAGCUUUUGAAAUACCAUGAACUUUCUAACCAUUUAUUUAACAAACUCAUUAGAUUUUCUUUACCAAACCGCAAACAAAUAAAGUUAUUAACCAUCUAUGUAAUUUCUAACUUACAGGACAUGUAUACAUUAAAUCAUCAUGUUUGUAGCUGCAGAGAGCGCCUAUUCCUUGUCAGCUUCAUAUCUCAUAUAACCUUUCGUGUCAAAGAAAUACAAAGUCAUGCGCCUAGUCAUAUAUAUAUAUAUAUAUAUGCUUCCUGCAAAUUAUUAUUUCAAAUGAAUUACAACCAAAUUAAAUAUAGUUAAACAUUUUAUCAUGCCAUUUACAGUACCAUAUCCUUUGCGUUACCUAAGGUUUAUUUUUCUCCUGAUCCCUAUAAAUACUAGUUUAUACUUGUGUACGCAGUAAUAACUGUUGCAUUUAGUUCAUUGAACCACUCUCAAUCUAUUUGUUUGCCCCUAGGGCUACUACCACUAUUGCUACGACAAUUAGUAGUACCAUUAUGAUUAUAUGCAUCUAUGUAUAUGUAUAUAUGAAAUUUAUUGAUUGUGUUUUAGAAUGCGAACUGGAGGCAGUCAAUAAUGUUGAUGAGGAUUUACGUCAGUCCAAACAAGAUACUGAUGAGGAUCAUGCGACACGCCUUAAAUUAUUACGACAAGAUUUAAGCUCUGUUCGAAAUCCAAAUAAGAUGCAAGCGAUCGACAUUCAUUAUGAGGAUAUCGUAAGCAAAGGUAUGGAUAAAUAUCGUACACUAAGAGCUAUACGUGAGGGGAAUACGAAAAAACGAGUUGAUCAAUUUGAAUCCAUGUAGUUCGUAUAAUUGGUUGGCAUACGUGUAGUAAGUAGAAAAGAAUUCAUUUGUUAAUUAAACUAUUUGUUUCGCUUGUGUAAUCAAACAUUCCAUGAGGAAACGCCAACUGAAUUACUGUCGAGCUGUUUUACUCAAGUCAGAUUAUAUUUGUGUUUUUUUCCUCGCUUUCACAUGUUGCACGUUUAUAUUUUUUUAUUGCCGUUAACAUUGUAAUAGGAUGAUAAUUAUCUCAUGAUUUUGGUGUAAACACUACUUGAUUGUAAAGAAAAACAAUUUUAGCCUUGCAACAUCUUAUAAAAUAUUUUGCUUGUAGCUUUUCCGUUAUCAUCCUUUUUUGCUCAAUAUUUUUAUAUAUAUUCGUUGUAUUUGUUUAUUAUUGCUUCUAUUAUUGUCAAUUGUUACUAUCGUUAAUGCUAAUCCACUACCUGAUGAUACGUCUCACGCGUAUUCUAUGCAAGACUAAAGAAAGGUAUGGUGAAUGAGAUCACAAAGAAGAUUUCGUAUCACAGAGAUUACGACUACCACUGCUGUUCUGAAUAAUUCAUCAGCACAAAAAUUGGAAGUUAUCCUUACAUAUAUGAUAUAAAUAUAUGCCUUCUUAGUACACACGUAUACUUAUAUAUAAGAUGUCUUUUAUCCCCUGUCCAACGUUUUUCCAUAUUUCAUGAGAAGUCAGUGCCUAUUUUCUGUGACCAGUUUUCCGCCAAUUGGUUGGAACAUGUAGACAACUUUAAAUACACUAAUGAUGCAGUGAUUUGCAUAAUAAUAUAUGUGUAUCAUAAUAGGAGUAUGCACAGACAGAAUUUAGUAAAACAACUUCGCCGAAAUAAACAAAUGAAGGUUAAGUUAGCAAACUAAUACUUGUUCUACGGGAUCUCCGAUCCACAUGUUAGAGUCAAUCAGUCAGCUACAACGUAGGACCAGGCACAUAUGUGCAUCGAUCAAAGUUGCCAUACCUCAUUAACACAACAAGAUGAAAACCAGAUUCAUAGAAGUGGUUAAUUCAGUGUUGGUAAUAUAUGAAAGAAAGAUUGCAUAUAAGGACAUAGUACAGGAAGAAAGAAUUAGUUAGUAGAAAGAAAGAUAUGGAGCGAUUUUAAUCUCAAAGUGUAUAAACCGACGCCAUUGUGAUCGAUUCUGAGCCAUGUCACCAAGUCUCCAACCAUUGGUUACGAUAGUCAUGCGGACCCCAACCAAGUAGUCUGCAUCUACCAAAAUGGCUCAGACUAGAAGUUAGUGACUUCAAUGACUGGUGCCACGUUUUAGUUUGGCCGCUCCCUAAUUUCUUCCAACCAUCUCCGACACUAGUCAGGAUUGCACGUCGUGGUAAUCAGUGUUCAGGCGUACGCAACACUUGGCCCAACCAUCUCAGUCGAUGAAGAUCCACAACCUCAUCAACUGAUUUAUCAUCAUUCCCUAAAAUCCUGUAUCUAACCUCACUAUUCACUUACCCGGUGAUCCCAGCAGAUGCGAGCGAUAUUUCUAAGGCAUCUGUGGUCAAAUACUAGUAGUCCACAUGUUACACCGGGGACCUGUUUAUCUCCAUAAUGUAUGCUCGACAAUCGGUAGCUUUAAAUCAUCCGCUGAAUUUAUCCUUCCGUCUCAUACUAAGAAAAGAAAAGCGACAAAAGUUAAACAACCCCUUAUUGGAUAAUCAAAAUGUUUAUUAGAUGACGUCGAUCAUGUUCAUGAUAUGAAUACCAUUAUGUAUAUCCAUUGAUUGUAAAUGGUAGUCUAAACAGUUUGUAAGUGUACUUUAUUGUAAAUUACAUCUUGUUUGGUGUAGUAGUUACUUUUCAUAAUUAUGGUGCGUAAAUUCCAGUGAUAUUUACAUGAUAAUGCAUGUCAAACAACAUCUGUUUUAUACUAUUUCAAGACGUUAUGCGUCGACAAAUUUCGCUUUCAGAUUCUAAACCUAUAUGCUUAACUCUCCCCAGAGAUGUUACAAUGUCAUUACUAUGUUAUACCGGCCUAAUUUUAUGUGACAGAAGAAUCAAAAGACCAUAUAACGGUAACUUGCUUUCAGUGCACUUCCUACUAAUAACCUAAGCCAUCAGUUACUCCGAUAAUGAUAAUAUGCCAGAUAGAAUUCUAACCAAAAGUUGAAAUGCUGAGCAUGUUUGAAGUUACCUUGAUCUUAUCAAAACACUUUUUGCAGCAAAUUACUGUGAAAACUCCUUAGAUUUACAGAUUAUUUGUCUUUAGUUCUAACUUUUCCCAACGUAAUGUAAAAAGGCAGAUAAUUUUGAAAUACCUAGUAGUAGUGCCUGUUAUAAUGAAGGCGAACCUAUUGGCAUCCCGAAAUACAAGGUUUCCUUCAGAAGAAUUGUUUCGACAAACAACCUCAAGUUUUACAAACAUCCUUACCCGUAUAUCAAGUAUCCUCUACUUUUGGCAAAAUAAGCUUGCCUUAUUACUGCAAUUGUAAAGUGUGGCCAGACUUAUAGUUAAGGAGUAUGCCUGACACUAGUCUCUUUUCCAAUCUAUAUGUUUCUUUCUUAACUUGCUGAUCUAAUUAUGGUGAACCGUUUUAAUAUCAAAUGGAUGAUUAAGGGUGAGAAAAUGAUAUCUAGUUGCAUCCUAAUUAUUAUAUAUGGAUUUAGUUCAAACUAUUUAUCAUAUUAGGUGGUUGUUAGUGAAGGUCAGUUAACAAAGUGCAUCGCAGUAAAUCGGACAUGUGUACACCUCUUUAAUUUUCCAUAACCCAUUAACUCAGUGAGAUGAAAUUGUCAGGGGAAAUCCCGGAGUAGUGGAGGUAGUAACAGUGUUAAUGGUAAUAGAAAAGAUAAGGUGUCGAGGGUGCCAUUCGAGAGGGUAUAAAUUGGUGAAACAGAAGGAUUCUGAAGAUACACGUUAAACUCGAUUUUUAGUGCGUAGAUUGGUACCACGCAAGUUAUUAUAAAGUAACUGUACUUCCCCAAUUCGUGCAGUAAGCUCUCCAGGGAACGGCUUACUAG